UUUACCAAAAAACUCCUUCAGAUCCACGUGAUGGUGCUUGGGUUAGAAGACGGGGUCCAGUAGGGUCUGGUCCGAGGUACCCUAUUUUUUCACGUGGAUGAUGCGAAGAUGCACUUUUUAUAGAACAUACUUGACCAAUUUUCAUCCGGAAUUCUAUAUUGAUGGCACAAGCUUUGCCUUUUAUUUGGUCAGUUUGCUACGAAUAACAAUUUUUCUGAUUGUUGCAACAGUCAUCCGCUGUUUCUAAUUUAUCAUUUGUAACGAAGAUAAAUGGCCAAUUGGAUGCCAGGCAAAUUAUAAAUGACGACCAUUAAUUGUAAAUGUUUGAUAUUGAACCUGUUCAAAUGCAAAGUAAGACACAGUAGUGCCAAAGCAUUUGGAUCCAAGGGGUACAGCAUCGAUCAAAAUAUGCCAAAAGAAAAGAUUUAUCUUGACAAAAUGCGAGAGCAGCGCUCGAAGAUCAAGGAGAAGGGUAGGAAAUAUUUACCAGGCAUCUUAAACCUACAGGUAUUAGGUUCCGGAAGUCAAGGAACCCCAAGAGCCCUAUACCUAUUCACAGACCAGACAAGGUAUUUAUUCAACUGCAGUGAGGGCACGCAGCGACUUGCUCUAGAGCACAAAUGUAAACUGGCUAAACUGGAGCAUAUUUUUAUAACACGGCCUACUUGGGAAAACUUGGGUGGUUUGCCAGGCAUGGCACUGUCUGUGCAGGAUGUUGGUGUGCCUCAUUUUAAACUACAUGGCCCUGAGGGAACUGAGGAAAUCUUUAAUGCUACUGCAAGAUUUGUAGUAUUAAGAAGCCUACAAGUUUCAAUGUUCGAUAGCAGCAAUGAUCCGAUAUAUGAGGAUGACGUCAUGAGCGUUCGACAUGUUAAACUUAUUAGUCAAAAUUCAGACAAAGAAGAAUCUGAUUCGGAUAACAGUAUCAAUGUUACUGAUGAUGAAACUGACUACUAUGCUCAUGAGAUCAAUCCUAAUGGAAAAAGAUUUUUGCCUGCCAAUCCAAAUGCAAAAAAACAAAAAAUGACAGUUUCACAUUAUCCCAUGAAAAGAAUCUCCGAUUGCAUGGCUUACAUUUGUCAACUUAAACCCCGGCCUGGUAGCUUGUGCUUGGAAAAAUGUAUUGCACGUGGUGUCACUCCAGGUCCUGCUUUUGGUCAACUCAAAGAUGGAAGAGAUAUUACUUUACCUAACGGUGAAAUUGUACGAAGUGCUGACGUCUGCCUCCCAGACGAUCCUGGGGUAGUUUUCAUUGUUCUAGAGUGCCCGACGUUAGAUUACUUGGAUUCAUUAUUAAAGAGCACUGCGUUUGAAAAGUACCAGCUCUCCGCAAAGACCAUUGAUGAAAAUUUAGCAUAUCUUGUUGUUCACUUUAGUCCUCCAGAAGUUAUGGCCGAUUCUAGGUACAGGGAUUGGAUGAAUAAGUUUGGGCUAAGUACAAUGCAUUUGGUAAUAAAUGAGGAUAACCAGUGUCUUGGAAGCGAGUCUGUCCAUAGAAUGCAGUAUAAGCUUCACUUACUACAUCCCAAAAUAUUUCCGUUACUUAAUGAACAAGGAAUCUGCAAAGAGGAGCAGAAUCAGGGUCAUGAAAAUAUAGAAGGAAAAGAGGAUGAUUUAGUUGAGAAGUUGAUGGAAAAAACAAGUCGAUCUGAAUCUUCAGAAAGUGCCAAAUCCCAAAUGAUAAGCAGAUUGUUCUUUGCAAAGACCAUGCAGAAGGUUCAUCUACGCCCUAGGAAUGGUUUCGACACAAACUCAGAGCUAAAAUUGUUACCGAAAGAAUAUAUGGACGAGGCAAUGGCAGAGGAUCCAUUCCUCGAUGCUCUGGCUCAACUUCAGACUGAUAUAAAUGCAAAGACAAAGGAAUUGGGAGAUAUUCAGGAAUAUCCAAAACUGAUAUUUCUCGGGACAGGUUCCUGCGCACCCAAUAAAAAUAGAAACACCAGCGGGAUCAUUUAUAGAAUCAAUGAGACUACCAGCAUAGUCUUAGAUUGUGGAGAAGGAACUUUGACUCAGAUAAUGAGAUUUUACAAGAAAGAAGAAGCACAUAAAGUUCUGGCCACCAUUAAAGCGAUCUAUGUUUCCCACCUACAUGCUGAUCACCACAUGGGUUUGAUAGGACUGCUGAAGGCUAGAGCGUGGGUGACAAACGACCCAGUAUUUGUACUGGCACCCAGACAAAUUUCUUCUUGGCUAAGCUUCUACCACAAUCGAUUCGAAAGGAUAUUAGAUAAAUUUAAGCUGAUACCGAAUGAUCUAUUGACCUACAAUGACCAUAGGUUGGAGAAACACUACCAGCGUACAUUAUAUGCAGCGUUAGGAACUACAGAAGUAAGCACAAUGCCUGUCAAGCACGUUCCAAAUUCUUUCGGUAUUGCCAUUACGCUGGAUAAUGGAUUCAAACUGACUUACAGCGGUGACACAAUGCCCUCUGCAAAUUUAAUUAAAUUGGGUUUCAAUAGUGAUGUAUUGAUCCACGAGGCAACAAUGGAAGAUGAACUGGAAUCUGAAGCAAGAAUAAAGAUGCAUUCUACCACCUCGCAAGCAAUUGACGUUGGUAAACAGAUGAAGGCAAAGUUUCUUAUGCUAACUCACUUCAGUCAACGUUACGCCAAGAUACCACGUAUUGACGAUCAAGUAGCUAACACCGUUGGAAUUGCUUUUGACAACAUGGAAGUCAGAGUCGGAGAGCUCACUCUUCUCCCGCUCUUCUAUCCUGUGCUACGAAUAAUGUUUGCAAAUGCGUACGAGGCACUGGCUUCAAGAGCUGAAAGAAGGAGGCUGCGAUUACAGUAUGCUUAAAAUCAUACGAUAUCACUUCGUCAAUCAGAAAAAUAUUUCAAAAUACCGACGUAUUUCAGUAAAGUUACUUUUACCGAACAGUGAUCGUAAGAAAUAUAUGAUGCAAAUAAUUUUUCCCGGACCCAAUUGCAUAUUGUAACUUGAUUGUAAUUUACCUAAUAUGAGGCUGCUGCAGAUAUAAUAAAGGAUACUGUUGAGUUAUAGCUUCAAAUUUUGAUUUUUUGCAACAUCUAGUCUUGGUCUAGCAAGGGACAUGUAAAAUUUUGGUUAAAGUAUAUCUAUGGUUAAAGCAAUUUGAAGGGUCAAUUUUUUAAACAUUUCUUACAAUCGUCUGCCAUAAAAUAAAAAGAAAAAACGAAAUACUGUUGAGUGACUGAAUUGCUAAAUAGUAAAUUGUUUUACUUAUCAUUUUCAUCCUUUAUUAUGUUGCUCGGUAGUUUUUGCCAAUCAUGGAAUAUUUAUAAUACCACAGGGUAAGUAUAUUAUAUUGGUUGUCGCUUGUAAAUUGUGUCGUGUGCACAGCUUGGGUAUAGAUUACUUAGUGAAAAAAAAGGUACCAUGUCGCAGUAUAAUAUUUAAUCCCAUAACUGGUAUUUUUGAUAAUCUUAAUCAUAAUUAUGAUGAUAAUAAUCAAUAAAAAUAAAAUUCCAAUAUGCUAAUAUACACCUACGUAAUAUACGGAGGUAAUAAUACGAAACGUAAUUUUUCAUACGAAUAUAUAUAUAUAUAUGUAAUAAUAAUAUUAAUAAUAAUAGUUUUCACGCAAUAACUAUGGAGGUUGACAAUUAAGUACAUGUAUAUUGAAAAUGAACAUGUACCCGGAUUAUGUAUUUACACAAAAGAAGGUUCUCGCAUGAAAUACCAACCCAUGCAUUUAUAGUGAAGUAUAGCGAUCGAGUAGAUUUUCAGCCUUAGAAGUUAAAUUAUAAUCGUAUUAAUGAUAAGUUUUGUAUAGUAUACAAAUUAAGGAUGAUAUUAUGUAUAGUGAUAAUAAUAAUAAAAAUAAUAGUAAUCAAAUCACUCUCUUUUUCAUAAAUAAUAUAAAAAAAUAUUCUUGUGCUUUCCCAAGGAUUUAUAAAAAGUUUUCUUUUCCUAUUUUUUUUUUUUUUUUUUUUUUUUUUUUUUUUAAUAUAAAUUUUAU